GUCAUGCACUCUGUGCCACACCCUCAAAAAGUGCCACAUUCUCUCUCUCUCUUUCUCUGAACAGUUCAACACAUUCUUUUCUAAUUUCUUCUUCCUUUUAGGGUUUCUCUUCUCUCUCUCAUAUUCAAACCAGAGAUUCAGAUUCUCACCUCCAUUUUCGUUUCUCCUUUUUCACUCAAAACUCGUUGCUGAGUCAACUCGUUCGCUUUCUCCCACAGUAACAUUCACCAUCCUUAUUUUCGUCGAGCGAGUCUUCUUCAUCGCGAAAAGCCCUUUCUCUGUUCUUUCCCUUCGAUUUUUUACUCUUCCUCGACCUCGUUCACUCUCCCAAACUGUUUUCAAACGCAAGGUUUUCAAUCUUCGUCUGAACACAGUUACACAUGUUUUCGAUGAUUCCGAGGUAAACGAGAGGAAAAAGUAGAAGAAUCAGAAGAUCUGGAAGCCGUUACGACGCCGAAAUGGAAGGUUCUAGGAUGGAGAAUUUAGUCAGAGCUGAGAAAUCGCUGAGGCUCAGCUUAGAAAAAUCGAAGUCGGUGGGGUUGGCUUUGGAGAGAGCGGGACCGAGGUUGGCCGAAAUCAGGCAGCGGCUACCGUCGUUGGGAUCGGCGGUGCGGCCGAUUCGCGCUGAGAGAGACGCUCUGGUGGCCGUCGGCGGCCAUAUCAACCGCGCUGUGGGCCCCGCCGCCGCGGUGCUCAAGGUUUUUGACGCCGUCCAUGGAUUGGAGAAGUCGCUGCUGUCGGAUCCCCGGAGCGACAUAGCCGGGUACUUGUCGGUACUGAAACGUCUCCAGGAGGCGCUGAGGUUCUUGGGGGAUAAUUGCGGGUUGGCUAUACAGUGGUUGGAAGACAUAGUUGAGUAUUUGGAGGACAAUUCCGUUGCUGAUCAGGUUUAUCUGGCGAAUUUGAAGAAGGAAUUGAAGAAUCUUCGCGAAUCGCAGCACGGUGAACUCGAUGGUGGGUUGUUGGAUGCUGCAUUGCGCAAGUUGGAGGAUGAGUUCAGGUUGCUGUUGACUGAGAAUAGCGUGCCACUGCCGAUGUCGGCGGCGGCGGCGGGUGAUGGUAUGGCGUGCAUUGCGCCGUCGCCGCUGCCUGUAUCGGUUGUGCAGAAGCUGCAGGCGAUUCUGGGGCGGUUGAUUGCCAAUGACAGGCUGGAUAGGUGUGUGGGGAUUUAUGUUGAGGUGAGGAGUUCGAAUGUUAGGGCAAGUUUGCAGGCGCUGAAUUUGGAUUACCUUGAGAUUUCUGUGUCGGAGUUCAAUGACGUGCAGAGCAUUGAAGGGUAUAUAGCUCAGUGGGGGAAGCAUUUGGAGUUUGCUGUGAAGCAUUUGUUUGAGGCUGAGUAUAAGCUUUGCAAUGAUGUGUUUGAGAGGAUUGGAUUGGACGUGUGGAUGGGUUGCUUUUCGAAGAUAGCUGCGCAAGCGGGUAUACUGGCGUUUCUUCAGUUUGGGAAGACAGUUACUGAGAGUAAGAAGGACCCCAUUAAGCUUUUGAAGUUGUUGGAUAUUUUCGCGUCGUUGAGCAAGUUGAGAUUGGAUUUCAACCGGCUUUUUGGUGGUGGGCCAUGUGUUGAGAUACAGAAUUUGACUAGGGAUCUUAUCAAGAGGGUGAUUGAUGGGGCUGCGGAGAUUUUCUGGGAGCUUUUUGUUCAGGUGGAGUUGCAGAGGCCGAAUCCACCACCAGGGGAUGGCAAUGUGCCGAGAUUGGUGAGCUUUAUCACUGAUUACUGUAACAAGCUCCUUGGGGACGACUAUAAGCCGAUACUGACUCAGGUUCUGAUAAUUCACAGAAGUUGGAAGCGCCAAAGCUUUCAGGAGAGACUCCUUGUUACUGAGAUUUUGAACAUUGUGAAGGCUGUUGAGCAGAAUGUAGAGACUUGGAUCAAGGCUUAUGAUGAUCCUAUACUGUCCCACUUUUUUGCUAUGAACAAUCACUGGCAUCUGUGCAAGCAUUUGAAAGGGACAAAGCUUGGGGAACUCUUGGGGGAUUCUUGGCUGAGGGAGCACGAACAGUAUAAGGAGUAUUACUCUACAAUCUUUUUGAGGGACAGUUGGGGAAAGCUUCCUGGACAUUUGAGUAGGGAAGGGUUGAUUCUUUUCUCUGGAGGGCGCGCCACUGCCCGUGACCUGGUCAAGAAAAGGUUGAAGAAGUUCAAUGAAGUUUUUGAUGAGAUGUAUACUAAGCAGUCAAGUUGGAUAAUGCCAGAACGGGAUCUGAGGGAGAAAACAUGUCAGCUUAUAGUGCAAGCUGUGGUGCCUGUAUACCGCAGUUACAUGCAGAAUUAUGGUCCUUUGGUGGAGCAAGAUGCUAGCUCCACAAAAUAUGCAAAGUACACCGUUCAGAAGCUUGAAGAAAUGCUCUUGUGUCUUUAUCGGCCAAGGCCUGCAAGACAUGGCAGCUUGAGAAGUCCAACAUUUAGUGCAAAAUAUGGCAAUGGAGUACCUGAUCUUCGCAGAACAGCAUCUGCAGUUGUGUAAUCUGCUAGUCAAUGUGUUUCUAUAGACGAACAACAGGGAUAAUAUUUCCCCCUCAUCAACUGGAUGGCUACUGUAUAUAAUUUUCCUCUGGGCCUUGCGGUGCAUAAUGUAGGCUUUUCGUAGUUUCUGAGAAGGAAGUUCCUGAGCACUGCCCUUUGAAUGUCUGAUGUAUUUCAUGAAAAUGAAGUUUAGUUUCUCUUCUCAAAUGCAAAAACUGGUCACUAUCUCCCGUGCUCAGAGGUUUCUGCAAAAGCUAGGCCAUCUGUAAACAGAAAGUUAUGAGCUUAAAUGAAUAAGUAUGGGCGUCGGUUAUGAGGUUUUUUUGGUCACUGUCAUCUGCAGUAAUUUAUUCAAUCUUUAUCUUUCAUAUAUUAAGUUGUUUGUAGCAGCAGGGUCAUUUUUAUUUUGAAAAUUUUAUGUACAAUUUUUAGUAUACAAGGACUAAGAAGUUUAGAUGAACAGAGUAUUAGUCAUAUUUAGUCAUCAGUAUUGAGGGGGGUUAGGGUGGGGGCGGUGAAGCUGUUAAUUGUAAAUGCAGAAACCCUUGUGAGUUGCCUGUUUCAUGUACUUUUUCAAGGAUGCCUCCAAAAUAAGACGUAUUUUGGCAAUGAAUUCAUUGGAAGGCCAAGGAUAAUGUUUCUGCACUGAUUUUGAUUUUGACUGUUAAGUUCCUUUCCUCUAUACUAGUUCUGUUUAUUAUAACGUUACAUUUUCUUCUUGAUGCUAUUUUCGUUAAGGUUUUGGGAGCUAUUUAACUGCGAAACCAGAGGCCAUUGUUACUUCUGACUAGUAAUAAAGAAGUAAUGAAACCUAGAUAAUGUCUUCUGGUUUGAUUUGCAGAUAUGACAGGAUUAUAACAUUCUUUUUCGCUAGUUGUCUAAUCUUCUUCAAAUAAGGUUGAUUUUAUCUGUAAAGAAAAGGUUUAGUCACUAUAAGUUUAAGUACAUACUAAUCUUUACUCUGCAACAGUGAUAAACUGUUGUUUUAUCUGCCCACAUGAUUUUUUUUCUCUUCCCAAUUUCUUCUGCUGUGUUAAACGUAAAAUGAUGGUGAGUUUAGGAUGGAUUAGGUUGAAAGCAGUAUCAUGAUGGACUUCAUGUGACCUGCUAUGAUAGUUAAGGUUAUUUUUAAGCUCACUUUAGUCCUCUUAAUUUGUUGUCAAUAUUGUGAAAAUUUGUCGUAUGGUCCAAACUUUAAAUCAUCUGUGGAUGUAAUUGAUAGUCUCGGACCAGCGAACCAUGGAUGUAAUUAUAGCUGCAAUGUCAAGGGUUUUGGGAUUUCAAAGAUUAGAACCGUGGUCGCAUGAACUAUAAUGUCUGUCUGCAAUAUCAAGGGUUGCCACAUUUAUGACCAUUAUUUUGAACCUCAGAAUAGAACAAGGGCAAGUUGGAGUGAGGAUUUGAUUGAGACUCUUUCUUGGUCACGGCGAAGUCUCUCAGCAUUUUGGUAAUGUUCUCAUAUAUCAUUGUGUUCCACCUUUAUUUGCUGUGAAUCAAUGUCCUGUUUUCUGUGCUUGUUUUGCUUUGCUCUGUUCAAUAGAAAGUUUUCCACUAGCUUACUUUUUCUAUUGGUAUAAACUGUAUUAGUUUUUUCACAGUUUAUUUUUA